GGCUCGACGACAAGACAUGUCAAAAUUUUUGUGAUGUCGUUGUUAAAGAGUCAAUUUACUUUUGAAGAAGCAUGGCCAUGUAUGCGUCCAAUUAUUUUAAAACUUUUGAAGCAAGAGCCAGUCACUCAAGCAGAAUGGCAAGACUUGUUUUAUUCCGUCCAUCAGGCAUGCUUGGACGAAAAAGGCUCACCCAAGUUAAGAGAUGCUUUGAAGGAAGAUAUUAUGGACUUUAUCAAACAAGCUCAAAAAAGGGUAAUGGCUCAUCAAGAAGAGCAGGCUUUAUUAAAAGCCUACAUAGUGGAGUGGAGUAAGUUUUUUACACAGUGCAAUUACUUGCCAACUCCGUUUAGACAGUUGGAGGCAUCACUCAAAGGAAAAACGAACUCUUGCAUACACAAGAAAAACCAAUCAAAUGAUGAGAGUAUCGUUAGAAAGUUGAUGCUCGACAGUUGGAAUCAAAGCAUAUUUAGCGAAAUUAAACAAAGGCUUCAAGAUUCUGCAAUGAGGCUAGUAAGAUCAGAGAGAAAUGGACAAGUGUUUGAUUCUCAACUUGUAAUCGGUGUUCGAGAGUCGUACGUGAAUCUUUGCUCUAAUCCUACUGACAGAUUAAAAAUAUAUAGAGAGAAUUUCGAAGCUGCGUACAUAGAUGAAACUGAAGCUUUUUACAUGUUCAAAGCUCCUGAGCAGCUUCAAACACAGGGAGUGGAAAAAUACAUGAAAUACGCUGAGCAGAAAUUAAAGGAAGAGGAAAUUCGUGCACAAAAAUACCUCGAGCCAAACAGCGCUAGCGUGCAAUUGCUAAUGGAACGUUGCGUGAAGGUUCUGGUUGCCAACUUCAAGAGUGCGAUUCUUGCAGAGUGCCCAAGGAUGAUACAACAGCAUGAGACAGAAAAAUUACGACUAAUGCUGAAAUUGAUGGACCGAGUUACGGAAGGUGUGACGCCGAUGCUCCUCGAUCUUGAAGAGCACAUAGCUACAGCAGGUCUCGACGACAUGAUGGCAGCUGUAGACAUAAUAACGCAGGACUCUGAAAAAUACGUAGAAAGAUUACUCGAUUUGUUCCGGCGCUUCUCUGCUCUUGUCAAAGAAGCCUUUGAUGAUGAUCCUCGCUUUCUUACCUCGCGCGAUAAAGCUUAUAAGCUCGUUGUCAAUGAUUCGUCUGUCUUCAAACUCGAACUUCCCGCCAGGCAAAAUGUCGCUGGCAAUCUUGUGCUACCUACUCCCCCGUCUACUACAGCACCAGGUCUACGAGCUGUAGGAAGUGUGAAUAGCAGCUGUACGAUCAAGCCCCUAAACAACAACCAAAACGGGCAACCAGAGUCCAAAUGUCCCGAGCUCCUUGCCAAUUACUGUGAUAUGCUACUGAGAAAAACGCCGCUCAGCAAAAAACUCACAUCAGACGAAAUAGAGAGCAAGCUCCGAGAUGUGCUAUUGGUACUGAAGUACGUUCAGAACAAGGAUGUGUUUAUGCGUUAUCACAAAGCGCACUUGACGCGACGCUUGAUACUCGAUACGUCUGCCGAUUCGGAAAAAGAGGAAAAUAUGGUCGAGUGGUUGCGAGAAGUCGGUAUGCCAGCGGAUUACGUCAACAAAUUGGCUCGAAUGUUUCAGGAUAUUAAAGUCUCACAAGACUUGAAUCAAAUGUUCAAGGAACAGUGCCGAGCUACCAUUGCCGACAGUAUCAAUAUCAAAAUACUGAAUGCUGGAGCCUGGGCGAGAGGCAGUGAACGCGUUACAGUCAGUUUACCACUCCAGCUCGAGGAUUACAUACCCGAGGUGGAAGAAUUUUAUAAGAAAAAACAUAGCGGUCGAAAGCUGCAGUGGUAUCAUCACAUGUCCAAUGGCACGAUAACGUUUUCAAACCAAGUGGGCCGGUUCGAUGUUGACGUGACGACAUUCCAGAUGGCUGUGCUGUUUGCCUGGAAUCAACGACCCCUGGAAAAAAUUUCUUAUGAAAAUCUUCGUUUAGCGACAGAGUUGCCGGACCCGGAACUGAGGCGAACUUUGUGGUCGCUCUGCGCUUUUCCUAAAAUCAAGCGCCAGCUCAUCAUCGUGGAUCCUAUAGCCCACAGCCCUAAGGACUUUUCGCAAGCCACAAAAUUUUGGAUCAAUCAGGAAUUUGCACUAAUAAAAAAUGGAAAAUUGCAAAAACGUGGAAAGAUUAACUUGAUAGGUCGGCUACAAUUGUCCACCGAACGAAGCAAAGAAGAAGAUAAUCAGUCUAUUGUACAACUCAGGAUAUUACGUGUACAGGAAGCAAUAAUAAAAAUUCUAAAAAUGAGAAAAAAGAUCACAAACACUCAAUUGCAAUCAGAACUUAUAGAUAUUUUGAAGAAUAUGUUUCUGCCAAGUAAAAAAAUGAUCAAGGAACAAAUAGAGUGGCUCAUCGAACAAAAAUAUAUUAGGAGGCAUGAUAAUGAUAUAAACACGUUUGUAUACAUGGCAUAACGAUAAUUAUGCACGGAAAUUAUUCGAGCCUGUCGGUAACUGACCACGACUCCAAUGACAUACUAUAUUUUUGUAAUGAUGCAAGUUGCGUUUUUUGAACUCCCCACUCAGUAAAUCUUUCCGACAUGAUUUUAAGACUAACGCUGUAGAAGGAAUAGACUGGGUCGUUGACUGAAUUGUCAAGACGGCUUUGAAAUUUCCGAAAGGAAAAAAAGUACAAGGAACUUCAAGAGCAUUGUACAUGCAUUCAUAAAAAUAGUAUUAAUAAUAGUUUUACUAAAUUUUAAGACGCUAAAUUAGUUGUUGCGUUAUUUUUUGUCAAUGGCUCCUUGCGCUUUAUUUUCUGUGAUUUUUUUCAAAUGACCGCUACAAGUCUUGUUUUUAUGAUGGUACCUUUUUGUAAGGUACAAUAAUAUAAACUGUGACAAAUGCUACGUUGCAACUAAUUCUAAUAUUUGCUUUAAGCACGUCCGUAAAAAAUUGAAUACUUUGAAGCUUUCUAUUUUAUAUCAUUUUUUGUCAAGACAAUGAUUUUUUUGUGUUCUGACUGUACUUGGCUCUGAUAGCAUUAGAAUGGAUUGUCAACUUAUCUGUUAAUAAUCUUCCUAAACAAAGAGUAGAUAACGAUAAAACUGUAUAAAGCAUUUGUAAUAUUUAAGCGUUGAAACCAUAGUAUUGUAAGAGUUUGAAAAAUGAA